AUUUUUGCAAACACGUUUUCGUGCCGUUCGCUUGCGUUCACGUUGCGCCGUCAGAUAAAUUUUUCAAUAGAAAAUAAACUUUCAAUUUUAAAUUAUUAUUUAAAUAAAUUAGACUGUGGAAUUAAGAUCUGUACCAAGAUGACGAUGGUUGAGAAUAAUCAAAAUCAUGAUUGUAUUAUUUACAAUACGAUUUCACCUCUUCGGAAACACGACGUACAUGUUGCUGGAUCCGUGGUGUUGCAUGCGAUAGCUCACACGCGACUGACAACGCGAUUCGAGAAGAAUUCAAUCAACAAUCAAACUCCAGAAUCUUCUGAUGACGAGGAAAAAGAUUUUUCUAAUCAGAUUGAGGAUGAUCUAGUUUAUUUAAGAUCAUUAGAUCCCAAGGACUGGAAAAAUCAGGACCACUAUGCUGUCCUUGGUAUCAAAAACUUCCGACAUGAAGCCAGCGAAGAUCUUAUCAAACAAGCAUACAAACAGAAAAUACUGAAACAUCACCCGGAUAAACGCAAAGCGAUGGGCGAAGAAGUACGGGCUGAUGAUGAUUAUUUUACUUGCAUAACUCGCGCGUGGGAGACGUUGGGAAAUCCAGCCAAGAGACGUAGCUACGAUAGCGCUGAUCCUGACUUCGAUGACAGUAUUCCGGACGAGAAGGACGCGAAGAAUAAUUUCUUCAAGACAAUGGGUCCAGCUUUUAGAGUCAAUGCUCGUUGGUCUGUUAAACAACCGGUACCUCAGCUUGGUGAUCUAGAUACUCCAAGAAAUAAAGUAGAACAUUUUUACUCAUUCUGGUAUGAUUUUGACUCGUGGCGAGAGUACUCGUAUUUGGACGAGGAGGAGAAAGAGUCGGGACAGGACCGUGAUACGAGAAGGUGGAUCGAGAGGAAGAAUAAAGCGACCCGAGCUAAACGAAAGAAGGAAGAGAUGCAGAGAAUACGUUCGUUGGUCGAUAUCGCGUAUUCACAGGAUCCGCGGAUCAAAAAAUUCCAGCAGGAGGAUAAAGAUAAAAAGACGGCUAUGAAACGCGCGAAACAGGAAGCUGCUAAAGCGCGUCAGCAGGAGGAAGAAAGAUUGGCCAGAGAAACUGCUGAACGUGAACGCGUGGAAAGGGAGAAACGUGAGUCAGAGGAAAAGGCGAGACAGGAGGCUGCUAAACAAGAGCGCGAAGUUAUGAAGAAAGCUUUGAAAAAGGAACGUAAAGCUCUGAGAGAUCUUUGUAAAUCCCGUGAAUACUUUGCAGAGAAUCCGACUGAAAGUAUAAAACACAUGGAAAAUGUAGAGAAGAUUUGUGAAUUAUUCAAAUUGAAUCAGUUGGAAGAAGCGAUAAAAGAAUUACAGACGGGCGGUCGCGAAGCUUUUCUGAGGAUUGUCGGUAUGACUGAAAGUAAAAUCGAAGCUGAGCGUCGUGCUGGUAUCACAAAUCAAGCAUCGGAUUCGAGAAAUAAUGUCUUGGAGAAGCAGGUCAAGGCACACUUGGUGCCAUGGUCAGAGCACGAUCUCCAACUGUUAAUUAAGGCUGUAAAUCUCUUUCCCGCUGGUACAAGUCAACGGUGGGAUGUAGUUGCUAAUUUUAUUAAUCAACACUCGAGUAAUGGGAACACUCGUGACGCUAAAGAGGUUUUGGCUAAGGCCAAAGAUUUGCAGUCAACUGACUUCAGUAAGUCAAGUUUGAAGGAGCAGGCUAACAAAAAAGCCUUUGAUAAUUUUAUUGCGGAGAAAAAAAGCAAAGAUGCCGUUGACGAAAGAAUGCCUGCUGUUACUGAGCGACUGGAUCCGCCUGUUACUAAUGGUACGACGAGUGAGGCGAAGACUCAGGAACAAAAAUCACAGCAACCAUGGACGCCGGCUGAACAGAAACUCUUGGAGCAAGCACUUAAGACUUAUUCUAACGUCGCUGGUCCUGAAAGGUGGGAUCAUAUAGCCGGCUGUAUUCCCUCUAGAACUAAAAAAGAAUGUAUGAGACGCUACAAAGAACUCGUUGAACUCAUUAAGGCUAAAAAAGCAGCACAAGUUGCCAAAUAAUGAUAAAUUAUCAUCUAGCAUAAUAAGUAUUACGAAAUGAUAAACAGCUCUGACGUAUAUGCGAAUGCGUAUUUUCUGCUAUGUAUGGCGUUAAUUUAAAAAACAAAAAGUUAUUAAAUUAAAAUUGUCAACAACAUCUUCGAUGAUUGCGCAUCUUGAAAUGCGUCAUGUACAUUGGUAUGUAAAAUAUUAGAAAUUAUAUUACUUGAUGAAAUAAAAAAAAACUUAUUAAAAUAA